UAAACAUAACCUUAUUUCAUUUCAGAAAUUUGAAAAUCUUUAAUAUAUAUUACAAUGCCAAUCAAACAUGAAAUUGUUUCAUGUGUUAUCUACUAUUUUUAGAAGCAAAGGAUUUUUAAUGAGAAGUUACCCUAUUUUAAAAACUACCAAUAUGACUAUAAACUUUAUUAGAUCGUCUUUAGUAAGCAAAAGGCUUCUGAAUAAAGCUGGCAGUAAAUUUCUUCAUAUAGGUAGUGACAAUGAGGAUUUGUAUGAAGAUUUUCCCUUUGAAGAAAAUGAACUGGAUCAUAAUAAAAAUGUUAGAAAUAUUAUAUUUAAGAAUCAUCAAGAUGACAUAAUAACAGAGCUGAACUCGUGUGUUUCUGUUGAACAAGUUUUAAAUUUAGUUAUGAAAUACAAAAAUAUAUAUGAAGAUAAACAUGCUGUGCAAACUAUUUUGGUACUCACAGAUUUGCAGAGAAUAUAUUUCCAAUUUAAUGGUUUUAGUAAGACCGCCUUAAAUAUGUUUUUAGAAAAUUUAAAGAAAAAUGAAGGAUUUUACUCUUUAUUAGGAUGUAUUCGAAAUGAAUUACAUAAAUUUGAUCCUAAUUAUUUAAGUUACGUAAUCCUCUAUUUAAAUAAAUUAGGAAUUUCAAUGGAGGACAUGUUAAUGCAAAAUCUAGCAUUAAAAGUUCGAGAUAAUUUAUUGAAAAACUUUUGCUUAGACCAGUGUACUAAAUUUUUAACAGUUAUUUUUUAUGAGAAUAGCGUAAGACCGUACUACCUCUCACUGUCUAUCGCACCACUAGUUUUUAAUCAUAUAGAGAAGUGCAAUUCUGUGCAUGACUUGUAUAACUUAGCUGUUUGUCUAAAUAAAUUGCAUAAUUUAGUUACUACCGAGUUGUUAGAAAAAUAUAAAGGAAAAGUUACAGAAUUUGUGGAUAAGAAAAAAUUAACGGGGGCUGAUUAUUCGACAUUAUUAAAAAUAAUCUUGCUUUUAAACUAUCCAGAGUGGAGGUAUCAAAAUAUUCAAGUGAUAUCGAAUUGUAUUUUGCUGUUAAAGGAUGAAAUUAAUUUGCUAAAUAUAGAAGAACUUGCAGUUUUGUAUGAGAUUUUUUUCAAAAAUCAAGAACCUGGAAUAAUACUGAACAGUAUUCAAAGAUGUUCUGCAAAAUUUUUACAUCAGUUAGAUGAAGAACCUGGGGCAAUUGAGAAUUUGACAAGGCUGAGGCUGUUUUCUUCUUUGAUUUACUUUUCAUCUCCAUUGCACCGAAUACAAUUUCGGACCCACAUGCCAAAGUAUUUAAAUAUUUGUCAAAAUUACAAAGAGUUAAUUCAACUGAGAAAAAUUUUCUCUUACGUAAAAGUAUCCGAUCCAAAAGUGUGUGCAAAUUACUGGAAUUUAUCUCUUAGAAUAUUAGAAGAAAAAUUUGAUGGAAAAUCAAUUUUAAAACAGUGCCAAAACUACAUAUAUUUUAAUACUGACAUUAACAAUUACCGACAUUAUAAAUUUGAGUCUAGAAUUAUAAACCUUAUAAGAGAAUCUUUGCUAACAGACCCAUUUUUGAACCCUACUAAAAUAUCGGGAUAUCUAAGUUUUGUGAUACUUUACGGAAAAGGUAAAGAUAUGGACAUUUUGGGAGUGCUUUUAAAUAAAUUUGAAGAGUAUUUGGAUCGUUUUAAAGCAUCGGACUGUUUAAAAAUAUCUCAUAGUAUAUCACCUUUAAACAGUGGAAAUAGUUGCGCUUCACAGGAACAAAUUCAGAGCACUAAAAUAUUACUUAAUAAAUGCACAAAGUAUCUAUUAGAAGUCGAUGAUCGUAAUUAUUUACAGGACAGUAUGUUGUUAAAAGCGUAUGUCUUGAGACACGACUCGGAUGACAAAAUAUUAGAAAAAUUAUUCUCAAACUAUAAAAAUAUUGAUUUUAUGUCGUCAAAAAUUAUAGAAAAUAUUAGCCACAUCUGCAUGACCACGCAGAGUUUGAUACCGGAACUUAUUAAUAGAUGUACUGAAUACGUUACGAAAUACAAAGAUAAUAUUCUUGGUUUUAAUGCCGAGAAACUUCUAUUUUUGUGUUACUACUUGGCUUAUCAUCCCAUUAAUGGAAACGAAUUCUUUGAUGUUGCUGUUGAUGUAAUUAUUAGAGAUCAAGAACGUUUAAGCGGUCUAGCAUUCCUUCAAAGCGCUUUAUCUUUGAGUUACUUUAACAAGUUACCCAGUUCGUUUGUGAAGCAGAUUUUUAACGUGGAGUUCUUAGAGAAGCUGGAUACUGAGCUUGACAAUUGUUACUCUAAGGAUAAGUAUCCUCAGCGUGUGAGGAAAGUAUUAAUGAUGUUGAACAGAGCCGUUUGUCUGGAGUACCCCGAGUAUAAUGUUCCGUGGUUUCACAAAAAAUAUCUCGAGGACACUAAAAAAAAUUUGUUAAAAAAUAUGGACAAUAAAUUUCAGCAGAGGAUAAAAGAAUAUUUAGUACAGGUGUUGGGAACGCAGAAAUAUAUUUCUGAAUGUGUAAUAACUCCUUAUGGGCACCAUAUAAAUUUUGCAGUAAAUUUUAACAAAAAGGAAGAAAUUGUUCCAUCACACUCACCCGAGAUAAAGAGAAGGGUAGCCAUUUUACUUUUGCGACAACGUGCAUUCACCCGUUUUCAUGUACAGUUAAAGGGAACAUACCAGCUACAGAAAAGGCAUUUGGAAAUAUUUGGAUACGAAGUCGCCGUCGUAAACUUUAGUGAAUGGGUUAACUUGGUUCACGGUGGGGAGCGUUUGGAAUAUAUUUCGAAAUUGAUAUGGCCCAACGGUAGGAAAAAUACAGUCAACGUAAUUAGUAGGUGACAAUAAACGUUUUUGAAUGAUUUUUCCAAUUCAUUUUCCUAGUGUUGUGAACGCACGAGUGAUUUAUGGAUAAUUUUUUGUAAAUUAACAAAUCGAAAAUUUUAUUAUUAUUUUCUCAAAUAAUUUGGAAUGGAUUCGUAUUGAAUCACUGUUACUCUUUUGAGUGUACUACAUUGAUGUAUAACUUGUUUUAGUAGUUUUUGAAAUAAAAUCUUUACUUACCUUAGGAGUCUUAAUAUUGUAUCCUGGCAAUUUCUUGUCAGGCGUUUGUAAGUCAGUUUGUUUAGUAAUCGAGCUGGGUUUGUUACUGUGUUAUUACAAGUUCAGGAAAAGCAGGAAAGGGUUGUUAGUAGCAAUCAAAUAAGUUAUGUUUGAAGCAAAUGAAAUGCUUUAUUAGAUAUACACCACUGCAAUAAAUACACGCUUUAUAACAAACUGAUAUGACUUAAUCAUCAAAAGUUGUACUUAAAGAGACACUUAAAUAAAUAAAUAAAUAAAUAUAAAAGUCAAUUUUUAACGAUGACCAAACAUUUUCUGAGGGAACGAGCGCACCUUAAGGCUUAAAUAGGAAAGCUUUGGCAAAAUAUCCAAAAAGGCGGAGACGUUCCCCAUGUUCCUGUCCCAUCAGACUUAAUUGAGAACUGAAUAGAAUCAUCAAUCAGUAUUUCUGGAUGCACAACAUUCUAUAAUAAUUCUUAAAUUGACCCGAAAUCUAUUGACUAGGCACACUUAUUUUAUAUAACAAGAAACUGUCCUAUGAAAAAUAGAAACUUUUUGACAAUAAAAGAAACAGCUAAAUCAAUCAAAUAGUUAUCCGACCUUGCAGCCGAACUUUACAACGGUUUAAUUUUUUUUCGAUUUUUAAAAAUACUUUUAUAUUAUUACAUCAACAUAUAAAUUAUUCUUGUAACAUGACCAACAGUGUAUACAUGGAAUGCUUAGACUUUAGCCAGAUAAUGUGCUCCAUAAUAAUCGAGUGACACAUACUAAACAUUAACGAUCAUAUACAAAAUAAAUCUUUCGGAAUUCGAUCUCCAAAGAAAACUGCUGCCCAGGGCCCUUACUAAGAAACAUCGAUCAUGCCCAACUAACAUCAAACUACGGUUUUUCACACAAUGAAGUUGCUCUUCUUAUUCUGCCCUCCGUGAAAUAAAGGCCCUAGGGAAAGAGUUACACCUAAGUUUAUAACAUUUUGAUUAACAACUUUGAAAAUACUUUGGAUAGUUUAGUUGACAACUAGUGGAGUUUAGCUUUAUUGUCCACUGCCGCAAGAAAACAAGUGUCGUGCACUUUGGUGGGGGGUGCAGAGCAUGCACGCAGAGACACUACUAGGCCAAGCAGCGUAGCCUUUAGGCCACUAUUACGUUAACACUCUUGUUUAAACACUCGAUCCACUUGAUUAUGUAUUUUAACAAAUAUAGCUCAAAAAUAUAUUACAUUACUCACAAUAUAUUGCCUUCAAUUUUGCGGAUAUAAGUACAUACUAAUGCGUCAGUCUUUGAGAGAAAUGUUGUGGGAAAUCAAGGAUAAAACGCAAAAUUUUACGACCACUACGCUUCUUAAAGCCUUUUUUUUAUUGUAUCGGUAACUUAAACUUUUUAUAUGUAAAAUAUUUCAAAAAAAUGUACAUGUAUGUCAUCGUAUAUUUUCUUCUUUAGUAUUGGCAUGCUGCUUCUAAUUGUUUAAAGAAGAAGACGUCGAGAAAUUAAUAUCCUAUAUAUGAAUUUUUUUAAUUUUGUGUCAUAUCCUUUAUUUCCCAUGACAGACUUAAGCUUAAGCAAAAGCUGUAGGUUUAGCAACUACACCAGGGCUGGCUAAAGCGUAUUAGUAACGAUACACGGACAAAUGUUUAAAAAAUCUGCCUUCAAGCAGCACAGCGGAAGCAAGAAAAGAAGCACAUUAUCGGGAACAACAAAAUGCCAUCCUAAAAAAUGGCAUAGAUAUGUGUCGAAUGAUCUAACACAUAUUAAAAACUUACCCAUUUUUAAACUCC